UCUGUGUAGCGCGCGGGCGGGCGCCUGUGCGCGCGCGAGGGCUCGCGUGCAGGAGCCACUGGGUGUGCGUGCAUGUGUUAUGGGUUUGAUUCCAGAGCAGGUUGCACAUUGGUCCUGGGUGGCUCUCAGGCUCAGGUCUUGCUUCGGCAUCCUCCUCCUCCUCCUAACCGUUUCCGAAGUAGCAGCAGCAGCAGCCGCCGCCGCAGCCGCACCAGCACCAGCAGCCGCCGCGGCAGCACCGGCAGCUCAGCGGCAGCGCAGAGGCACAGCCGGCAGAACUGUGCAGAAGCGAGCACCGUUUGGGGAGUUCGGGGGGCGGGUAAGAGGGAGGAAGGGGAAAGCCUGUCUUAGCCUUUGGGAUUAUUAUUCCCCUUCUUUCCCUCUCUUCUCUUUCUUGAGGGUGUGUGUUGCCCCCUCGAAGUGAAGGAAUUUUGCUCCAAAGCGAGCUGGGACCGAAGACUCUAGGCUAAGUUAUCUCUCUAUGUAGAUGGUGUCAGGGAGCGAAGCUACUGACCGAGCCGCUGUUACAUCCAGCUUUUUACUGCCUAGCAGUCUGGGGCUUGCUUUGUCACGUGGCUUUACCGUGGAGCACCCCUGGAAAGCUCACUGAAUUGUCCAUCGCAGAUCCACGCUUUGGGUGGUCAAGUGACAAGAGCCAAAACUCAAGCCUGACUUUUCUGAAAUCAUCAGUGUCCCGCCUGACCUGGAAUAAUGGAUGUAAAGGACCGGCGACACCGCUCCCUCACCAGGGGGCGGUGUGGCAAAGAGUGCCGCUACACCAGCUCGUCCCUGGACAGUGAAGACUGCCGCGUGCCCACGCAGAAGUCCUACAGCUCCAGCGAGACGCUGAAGGCCUAUGACCACGACAGCAGGAUGCACUAUGGAAACCGAGUCACAGAGCUUGUUCACCGGGAGUCAGAUGAGUUUCCAAGACAAGGCACCAACUUCAGCCUUGCGGAACUGGGGAUCUGCGAGCCCUCCCCGCACCGAAGUGGCUACUGUUCGGACAUGGGGCUACUUCAUCAGGGCUACUCUCUGAGCGCAGGGUCUGACGCUGACUCCGAUACCGAGGGAGGGAUGUCCCCAGAACACGCCAUCCGACUGUGGGGGCGAGGGAUAAAAUCCAGGCGCAGUUCCGGCCUAUCCAGUCGUGAGAACUCAGCCCUUACCCUGACUGAUUCUGACAACGAAAAUAAGUCAGAUGAUGAGAACGGUCGUCCCAUUCCACCUACAUCCUCGUCUAGCCUCCUCCCAUCUGCUCAGCUGCCUAGCUCCCAUAAUCCUCCACCAGUUAGCUGCCAGAUGCCAUUGCUAGACAGCAAUACCUCCCAUCAAAUCAUGGACACCAACCCUGAUGAGGAAUUCUCCCCCAAUUCAUACCUGCUCAGAGCAUGCUCAGGUCCCCAGCAAGCCUCCAGCAGUGGUCCUCCGAACCACCACAGCCAGUCGACUCUGAGGCCCCCUCUGCCGCCCCCUCACAACCACACGCUGUCCCAUCACCACUCCUCUGCCAACUCCCUCAACAGGAACUCGCUGACCAAUAGGCGGAGUCAGAUCCACGCCCCCGCUCCUGCGCCCAAUGAUCUGGCCACCACGCCGGAGUCCGUCCAGCUUCAGGACAGCUGGGUGCUAAAUAGCAACGUGCCGCUGGAGACGCGGCACUUUCUCUUUAAGACCUCUUCCGGAAGCACGCCCCUGUUUAGCAGCUCUUCUCCGGGAUACCCUUUGACCUCAGGAACCGUUUACACACCACCACCCCGCCUGCUGCCCCGGAAUACCUUCUCCAGGAAGGCCUUCAAGCUGAAGAAGCCCUCCAAAUACUGCAGCUGGAAAUGUGCCGCCCUGUCCGCCAUCGCUGCGGCCCUGCUCCUGGCCAUCCUGCUGGCGUACUUCAUAGCAAUGCAUCUGCUCGGACUCAAUUGGCAACUCCAGCCGGCAGAUGGACACACCUUUAACAAUGGGAUAAGGACCGGCUUACCAGGAAGCGAUGAUGUGGCAACAAUGCCAUCUGGAGGCAAAGUGCCCUGGUCAUUGAAAAACAGCAGCAUCGACAGUGGAGAAGCAGAGGUGGGUCGGCGCGUGACCCAGGAAGUCCCACCAGGCGUGUUUUGGAGAUCACAGAUUCACAUCAGUCAGCCCCAGUUCUUAAAAUUCAACAUCUCCCUCGGGAAGGACGCUCUCUUUGGCGUUUACAUAAGAAGGGGACUUCCACCGUCUCAUGCCCAGUAUGACUUCAUGGAGCGUCUGGACGGGAAGGAGAAGUGGAGUGUGGUUGAGUCCCCCCGGGAACGCCGGAGCAUACAGACCCUGGUUCAAAACGAGGCCGUGUUCGUGCAGUACCUGGACGUGGGCCUCUGGCACCUGGCCUUCUACAAUGAUGGCAAGGACAAAGAGCUGGUCUCCUUCAGCACCGUUGUCUUAGGUAGGUGUGGGACCUGCAGGAUGAUGGGUCACCAAGGGAUGGGUGGAGGCGCUGUGGGCUUCUCUGUGGAGGGUGCACCUUCCAAGGUCAUUUCUACUGUGUAG